AUGAAACGCUUUCUUCGAACACCGCUCGUGUCUGCGAGAUUUCUGUCCCUGAUCUUGUUGCCACUUGCAGUUACAAUGGAACAAGAAUACUGCAUGCCUGAGGAUUACACGAACGUGGCGAUUCCUUUUCGCAUGGUGUAUGAAGGUAAGUUUAAUUUAGGAAAGUCCUUGCAUGCAUGUACUUGCUUCUAAUUUAUAGAGCUGUAUAUAUAAUAUAUAUAUUGGUUUUUAAUGUCAGUUUCCAUGUCAUUUCUGCAACAAUUUUCGUUAUAUACCCGUAAACGUUUUUCUUUGCCUGAUAAAUAUUCUUUUCGUUGUAGAUGUUUGCCCUUUGAUAGAAAAUAUUUUGUCUGAAGCGACGUAUGAUUUCGGGGAUCAUUGUGCCAUGAAGUGUUUGCAAUAUCCAUUCUGUGCUGGAUACAAUUUUAAGAAGAAGUACCAGAAAAAUACUCCAAACUGCCAGUUAACACACACGCUGGAUCACAACUUUCAUCAUUGCAACGCUGAUGACAAAGGCUGGAUAUUUUAUCAUCCCGUCGCUCCAAGAAAG